AUGUAUGUGACUAGGCCUUUGUCUCUGUAUAAGAAGUCUGUGGAUGCUCUCUCAUUGCCUCCACCUCAGGGCCCCAAUUCUGGCAUUUUGGUGAUCCAAGAUGAUGAUCUGGAGCCAAGCUCUUGUUUUGGGUUGGGAGAAUUCCAUGAGGUGAAGGAGUUGCCUUUCCCUCAAAAUUUAGACCUUAAGUUGUUCUACAGAUCAGGAAUUUCACUGAAUAGAACUACUCAUUACCACCAUGUUGCCUUCAUUCCAGUUCUGAACCAGCCAUUGUCUUCCAACAAAUACUAUGUGAUAAAUCUGAAUGUGAAAAACAGAGGGGAAGCAUACAUUAACUCAAGGGAGGAGGAUUUGGACACAUUCUGUUUCUACAAUGCUCUCUCUGAUGCACAACUACAUCGGAUAGAUAUCAGUGACAUACAUCAAGAGUUUGAGAUAUAUCCUAGAAGAAGCAAAGUUACUUUCAGGAGUGGUUUUUCAGCUAAAUCUGUCGCCCCAAAUGGAUACCCUCCAAGGUUUUUGAGUAGAAGGUGGAAAGUGAGUGCUUCAACCUCAAGUGAUUCAAGACUAGACGAAGAAGCAUCAGGUGUGAAUGAGGCCCUCCGUGCCAGGAAGCCAGAAUUCAAAUUCUCCUUGGAAAAAAUGAGUUCAGACAGUGUUGUUGUGGGAAAAUGGUAUUGCCCCUUUAUGUUUAUCAAGGAAGGAACUCACAAAACAUUGAAGGAAGAAAUGAGAAAGUCAAUGUUUUAUGAGAUGACACUAGAGCAGAAAUGGGAGCAAAUUUUUUCAUGUGAGAACGAGAAUGAUGAUGGAAUGGGAAACACUGUGAAUGUGGAUGCUGUGGUUAAAAAGGAAGUGGUUGUAAUAGCUGGCUGGGAAGCUAUGAUCAAUGAAAUGGAUAUUGCUGAAGGGUUUCUGUGGUUUAAUAGUUUCAACAAUGUUGGAGAAAAGAGUUCUGUGGGAUUGAGCACUGCAGUUGUUGAGAGAAUGAACUGGGAGCAGGAAAGGGUAGGGUGGGAUGGAGGAAAAGAGAAGGCAAUUAGAGUCAAGAAAGUGGAAGAAUUUAAAGGGACAAAUGGGUGGAAAAAAUUUGCAUGCUAUGUGUUGGUGGAGACUUUUGUUCUAAAAGCAUUGGAUGAAAGCGUAGUUCUAACCUAUGCUUUCAAACACCAUAAUGAACUUCGGAGUAAAUGGGAAUGA